CUGUCAGCGCCCGCCUCAGAGGGGUCAACCGAGGUAAAGCGGUUACCUCAGUUGACGCGGUUACCUCAGUUGACCCCUCCACCACCGGGAGUUUAAUUGAGUCAUUGACUAACCACGCGUUUGUUGUCUUACGCCAUUCGACAGGGUAAUUUCGAUAUUUGUUCUGAGGCUCUUUUUAAAAUUCAUUUUUAAUGUUUUUGCGCUCUGCGGUCCCGUCUAACGGCUGCGUCAAGCUGCCUUGGAUUUAGCCGACGCGGUUUCAAAACAAACGCGGGCAAGCUGCUACUUUUGGAUAAACGGCCAGGGUCCAACAUGCCGAAGGAACAGCAACACGGUUCUUGUGCUUCAUCCAGCAAGAAUGCUAAAAAUAAGAGCAACCGCACAACUCUGCUGGCAAUGCGUGACGCCAGAGACAAAGACGCCUCCAGCGGGACGUCCUUCCGGUGCAGUUCGGAAAAAGACUCCGGAUACUCUGACGGGCAGCAGAUCGACGUGGAGGACCAGGACAAAAGCCAGCGCAGAGGAGGCGAGCGGGCGGGACCUGCGCAGACGGGACGCAACGAAGGUCUUGGGCGCGGGAAUCCUGGGAGACCGAGCCCAACGCCAGCAGGCGGCGAGCUCCCGCCCAUCUACAUCAUCAACAACAUCGUGAUCCAGCAGGGACGUCACCAGGACGUGAUCCAGAACCGAGAUCAGUGCCCCCAGAGGAGCGUCUGCAUGGAGGACGGAGGUUCUGCCGCUGCUCGUGUGAUCCUGGCGCCGGCCACUCGCCAGGUCCACGGGUUCUUCCCGAGUUCCAUCAUCACAGGGAGGAAAAUAAAUGGCACUUACCGCCUCUGUGAGCGGCCCCGAUCUGCAGCCUCCAGCUCUCCCGAUCGCCCGUCCUCCUCCAGUCCCACCACGGGGCCCGUAAGCCAAAGCACCCCGCCCGGUUCCGCCGCCUCCUCCGUCCUCAAAACCAGAGGACCGCACGGAAACGGCUCCACCAGAACUCGCCAGCUCCGGUUUCACGACACCGCGGAAAUCUUGAGGCAGUCGGGUCUGUUGGACAUAACGCUGCGAACGAAGGAGCUGCUGCGGCAGAGCAACGCCACGGCGCGGGACGUGGCCCAGCUCCGCCGGCACACGGAGCUGCUGUGCCGGGCCGUCAGCGACCCCGGCGCGACCCCGGAGCAGCUGCACCAAGCCAUGGCCGAGUCGGGCAGCUACCCCGGCAUAGAAAUCCUGAGAAACUUUCAAAUUCCAGAUUCCAGCGAUUCCGAGGUGCCGUCGGCCGGUCUUCUCCGGGCCCGAGGCCCGCCGGCGGAGAAAGACCGCUUCACGCCUCCCGACAGCUCCACCGGUUAGCACCACCUGCUGCGCCUUCGGAGGCAGAGCGAGCACUCAGGGCUACUUUGGGGAUUUCAUGUGUGGCUUUAAUGGUUCAUCCCUGGUUAUUUAAACUUGUUUUUUUACAGGGAUUACCCAAAAUGUCUCUCUGGGUCAACGAGAAGCCAACAAUCACUCGUAUUUAUUGUAUAUUUCAGUUUGUGUUUUGUUUCCAGUUGUCGGAUGUCAUCGGGUUUGAGUGUUCGACAUCUACGUGGAAAAUAAUGUGUUUCCCCGAGGAGACAAAGUGAAUUUGCCUAAACUCGGGUGGCAAAAAUCCCGACCGCCUUAAAUCAGUGAAAGGAUGGAAAUGCUUUCUGGUGACCUGCACGGGGAAAAGAGAAGCCAAUCCAAGCCCGGUGCCUUUUUUUAGGAAAAGAAUGUAGCACUUAAACCUGCGCUGUGUGGUACCACAGACUGGACUGCCGUGUGCACCAGGCCUUGCUCGCUCUGUUUUCACCUGAUGUGUUCUGCAUCAACAGGGCUCGUCAUUCUCAUUCUCGUCAUUCUCGUUUCUCAUAUCAUAUCAUAUAUCAACAAACACAGGAAACAUCCGUUGAUCCAUUUCUCAUGUUUUCCAUGUAUGACGGACAGCUUUUUCCAAAGUGUUUCAGUGUAUUUUUCAUAAUUUCAAGGUAUUUAAAUAAAGCAUUAUGAGGAACAUC